GUAGGCCGCGCCUGCGCAGUGGGCGUUCCCGUGUUGGAGUCGAGUUCGUCUUUCCCGGGCUGCCUGCUGUGGCGUUGCUUCCCUGAGACAGAAAGGGAGGCCCAUGGCCGGAUGGGGCGCCAUGGAAGUUGAUGCAAAACUAUUCUGGAGUCAUUUGGAAAGCUACAUAGUGGAUUUGAUGUUUGAACGACUACAAGGAGUGCUGUUGUCUCUGCAGCAGAAAAUCAAGGCUGGAACUGCAACUGAGGAAGAAUGCUACCAAGCUUUUGCAUUAAUACAACAAGUGGAUAUGACUGAUCUCUUACAUCUGACAAAUGUAAAUGUUGAUUCUGAAGAAGAUAUUCAGAAUUGCGAACUUGAUUUGCAUUCUUCUGCUUCAAGUGAAGUUAGAGAAAAUCCUGGAAAUGCUUUUUCUUUUGGAAGAAUGGAAACAAAUGAAGUGUUGCCCUCAAGGAGUAAAAGAAUGCUAACCGAAAAGGCAUUCAAGGUUCCAUACCAACAUCAUAUGUGCUCUAAAAAUUGUCUUGCCAAAAGGCCAUGGAACUCAUACAAGGGUGAGAACCCUCUUUGCCUGCCACUGCUGUGUCAUUUCCAGAGGAGACACGCAAAAACCAAUGCUGUCUUCAAGUCGCAUGAUGUGAUGUACAGAGCGCCUUGUGGAAAGAGUCUGAGAAAUUUCCAAGACGUGCAGAAGUAUUUGUUUCAAACAGAAUGCAGCUUUUUAUUUUUAGAUCACUUUUCCUUCAAUACCUAUGUGCAGGUGUUUAGAAACAAUCCUAGUCAUCAGUCGUGUGUAUUUGAUUAUGAUAUCAGCAAAGGGGCUGAAACAGUACCAGUUUCUUUCUGUAAUGACAUCGACCACAGUCAACUGCCUUAUUUUAAAUAUCGGAAGACUUCAUGGCCCCAUGGAUACUUCCUAAACAAUUUCUCCAGCACUUUUCUUGACUCGUGCAAUUGCACUGAUGGCUGCGUCGACAGGACAAAAUGUGCCUGCCUGCGUCUUACUGAGAGAAAAUGCCAUGAAGUGUCGGAUUAUUCAGGAAACGGAAAAUUUAUUGGCUAUCGUUACAAAAGGCUGGAUGAACCGGUUCCUAGCGGAAUUUACGAGUGCAGCUUGUCGUGCGGCUGUGACAAGAUCAUGUGCCAGAACAGAUUAGUGCAACAUGGCCUUCAGGUGCGGCUCCAGGUUUUCAACACCGAAAAGAAGGGCUGGGGGGUCCGUUGCCUUGAUGAUAUUGACAAAGGGACGUUUGUUUGUACGUACUCAGGAAGAUUGAUGAGCAGAGAUGAAUCUUGGCAAGUAAAGGACGAUGGUGGAGAUGAGGAUAAAGGGGAGGAUGCAGAGAAUAGUAACAGAAGCAACAACUUACUUUCAAGAAAAAUAGAAAUUGUCUGUUCUGAGUCACAAGCUGAACUUAACCAAACGGGGACGGAAAAAUAUUUGCAUGUAGAACCUGAAGAUCAGCCAGACAUAAUCCAGAACUCCAGCUGUGACAAGAGUUGGCAUAACCAAGCUGACAAAAGGCCAGAAACCAGAACAUCUAUUCCUCAGCAUCUCCAGAGACAACUAGAUAUUGCUGAUGGCAUCUCAUAUGAAGAUAAGAGUGCUGAGGGCCAGAAACCAGCAAGGAGAGAAGUGACUACUACAACCCAGAAAGGACAUGAAAGUCUACAAGUAGAGGUUGGAGAAACUGUGAAUCCUGCACAGCUCAAAGUUAAUACAGACCACCAUGCAGAGAGUCCUCUUUCCAUUGCUAAUUUGAAUAGUACGCCACCUGUGCAGGACGAAAAGCAAUGUGGGCACUUACUUUGGACUGGUAACGCAUGCACAGAAAAGCUUGGGAGAGGCAAAUGGGAAUCUGUUCAAAAUGAGGACGCAAUGGAAGAUGAUGAAUCACAACUAAAGGCCAAGGAGAGUCCUUAUUUGCUGGAUGCCACCAGGGAAGGCAAUGUAGGCCGAUUUCUUAAUCACAGCUGCUCCCCAAACCUCUUUGUGCAGAGUGUAUUUGUAGAGACUCACAACAGAAAUUUCCCAUGGGUCGCUUUCUUCACAAACAGGCAUGUAAAAGCUGGAACCGAACUCACGUGGGAUUAUGGCUAUGAACCUGGAAGUGUGCCCGAAAUAGAGACACCUUGUUACUGCAAGGCUCUGAAGUGCAGAAAAAAAAUACUGAGAGGGGUUCAGAGUUUGAGCCUGGCUGUUAUGAGCAUCACCAAAAGGGAUGCUGGGGCUGCACUGGGAGCAGUUGAGGUCGGGAGGAGCGUGGUGACGUCAGACGCAUGCGUGGGAGGCCCGGCGACGUCAGCACGGCGCGAGGAUCCUUGGCUGACACUCAGCUUAUGCUUCCCAGGAAAACGGCAGACCGUGAUAAUGGCGGAGAUGGUAAGAAGACGGUGUGCAUUUUGCCCUGAAGAUGAGGAAUGUGCCAUUAUGUAUGUUGCCGAAGGACAAGAUCUUGCAGUCCAUCAGGAUUGUCUGUUGUAUUCCUCAGGAUUUGUGGAGUCUGAAGAACACAAUUCGGACAAUGUUGAAAUACGGUUCAAGGUGGCUUCAGUAGUGAAUGAAAUAAAGAGAGGGAGGAGGCUGAUGUGCUAUUUCUGUCGCAAGAAAGGAGCUACCGUUGGCUGUGAGAUAAAACACUGUCGCAGAGGCUAUCAUUAUUUCUGUGCACUAUGUGAUGAUGCAGCAAUAGAAACCGAUGGUGUGAAAGGCACUUACCGAGUGUUUUGUCCAAAUCAUGACCCUGCCAAGAAAAACGGUUUUUAUGAUGACGAGCGUAAGAGGGCAAGGUCCCCAGUCCUCAUGAAAUCUCCCUCGACUAGACAAAAAAUGAAUAAUAAAGAGACAGUUGUAGAAGAAAACCUACAAGCCCUCAGGAAAAAGCAGAACCAACAUAAAGGAAAGAUAGAAUUUUUAAGAAAGUGUAAGCAGGCUGGGCUUCUCGAUGAAAUAUUUGAGGAAAUGUUAGACACACUUCAUCUGGCGCAGGAAAAGCUGAUGGAUGACAACACUUCAGAAACAGAAUAUGAAGAAACAGUAAUGUCACUUUUUGAUUGCGGCCUCUUUGAAAAUAUACUUACGUCUGCUCAGUCAGGAACUGAAGAAAAAAUUCAGACGCUACUAAAUACAAGGAAGAGUUUGGAUGCCCAGAUUGAGAUUCUUCAAGAUUUGAAAGAAGUAGUACUUUCUUCUCCGGGAGACACAGCCAGCAUAUCUAACAGUACCUCUGAAUAACACACAUCUUCCUUUAAGACUUGUUUGUUCAUUUUUUUAUGCUUGAUUUCUUGUAUCGAAUUGAAUUUAUAAUGUUUUUUUAUGUGUCACUUUCUGUUACCUGCCCUUUUUUAGACACUUUAUACUACCUUUUCUGUUUUAAAGAUCAAAUUUGUUUUUGGACGUGCUGAUGUUGGCAAAGUCCUCUGGAUGGGUGUGUGUGUGGAUGUCCAGCUGCAGGACCAUGUUGCACCUUCCUUCUAUUUACACAAGAAUUGCAAGGAAUGACUUAGAUGAGGAUGCCAUGUUUUCCAUGGCUUCAUUUGCAGGUACUGCUAUUGACAAAUCACUUCCAGAAUCACUGUGGGGCCAGAGAGUUCUUCAGCAGUCUUUCCAUUACAUGGAUUGUUAAAGUCCAAGUUUAAUUUCAGUUCUAACUGCGGUGCACUAUAAUAAUAUAUAGCCAACUACCAUAUAUUCAUAAACCAAUAGGUAUAUUUUGGGGCCAACAUUUUGGAUUUUGUAUGAUCUGUGGAUAGGUUGAGGGUCAUCCUACAGGGAGGGGAAAACACUAAUGCUACCUCAUAACCAGCUGUCCCUGCCACUAUUUCCCCAUUUACACAUUAAAAACAGGAGUGGCCCAACUCUAAAGAGAGUAACUUUAUUUAGGGUUAGUUUUUGUCUUUCAUGAUAUUACACAGAGAAGGAGAUGGAUCCUUACCUGAUUAAAAUUAAGGCAUAGAACUCACAUGGACUGUGGAUAAGUCAAUCCAGAUUUUUGACUCCUUAUUUUAAACAAAUACAUCUUUGCUUUCAGACACAAAUAGUCCUAAGAUAUAAAGAAGUCUGUUCUACUUUGUGCACCCUGUACUUUCUACUUGCCGUUUUCACAGAUUGGGUCUUACAUGUAUGUGUGUGUGUAUGUAUGUAUAUUCAAUCAGGAACUUAUGAUUAAGAGGUCAAGCAUUAGUUGUUCAAAGCAGUCUCAAAAUUAAUCCUUAUGUGAGAAGGUUAAGAAUCUGAAAUGUACAAGCCUAAGCAUUUGUGCUUUAAAUAAUGUUCAAAAUGCUUUACCUUUAACAUUACAGAAUUGUACAUAUCUGUUUAAUACAUUUUUUUCAGGAAAAUAUAACGCAUUAAAUAUGUAUCUAUUGAUAUCAAGAAUGGCUGUCUUCAGGACAAUCAUGAAAGUGAGGCUGUAGGCCGUCUUCGACUCCAAUAAGCAGAUACCAUUUUUUAAAAUGGGCGAAUGUUAUGCAGCUUGUCAGUUAUGAAACAAAGCUGGAAACCUAGCAUAGGAAUAGACAGUGCCAGAGAUGCAGGAGCCACACGGACUGUCAAAAAUGCCAAGACUAGAAGUAGUUAAAAACUACUACUCCUUUUUUUGUGCGGAGGUGCCUUAAACAUUGCAAGCAUACCUAGUAAGGGCUAAAUUACUGCUCCUGUGGGAUUCAGAAGAGGGAAUUCAAAUUUUAAAGAUCUGCAUUUGGGCAAAGAAGGCAUCCAUAGGGACAUGAAGUCUAGCUUUACAUCUAUUUGAUUGGCUUGUGAGGUAUCAGAAGUUCAAGUUGGAAACACUACACACUACAUGGCCAAUUUAGAGAAUGAUAAAUUUGAAAGAAGGAUUAUUUUCACAUUCUGGUGCAUCCAACUUGCAGGAGGUAUCUGAUGUCCAAAUCCCAUAAAGGUAGCAAAAUCAAGCAUCAUAGAGGUUGAAGGGAUCCCAAGGGCUAUUCAGUUCAACCCCAUUCUGCCAUACAGGAACACACAAUCAAAAUAUUCCUGACAGAUGGCCAUGCAGUCUUUGCUUAAAGAGAAGGAGGCUCCACUACACUCCCAGGCAACAUAUUCCACUGCUGAAUAGCUCUUAACAUCAGGAUAUUCUUCCUAAUGUUUAAGAAUCUCUUUCCUUGCAUUUGAAUCCAAGAAAAAGAAAUGUGGAUCAUAGAUAUUGAACCAGAGUGAUUACAUUCUCCUAAAAAUAAAAAAGCUGUCCCUAAAAAGCAGACAGUCCUACAAAGUCAUAUCUUGGUUAAUUAUUUCUCAAAUUCAGUGGUACCAACUUCAUUUUAAUACAAAUAAAGUGAGAAAUUAAA